CUCCUCCUCCUCUCCAUCCAGCUCCAUCUCUCCCCCCUCCUCCUCCUCACCACCGCCCUCUCCUCCACUCCACGUCGGCAGCAGAGCUCCAUCAGUUGGCCCUUCGUCCUCCCCCAGCUCGUCCUCAGAGUUUGUAACGGUCACCUGCAGAAACACACCGGGACUCACGGAGCUCACACCGACCGACAGACCGAGCCCCUGCCCGGCAGCUGGACACCGACCCCCCGCGUCUCUGCUGCUGCCAAACCCGAUCAAUCGAUACCGGGAUCGAUCCACUCUGAUGUCCGCCGCGUUGGAUCAGAACCGGCGCGUGGCCUGCGGUGGGAUCAGAGGAGCCGAAGCACCGAAUGAUGACAUCAGCGUGUAAAAGUCCCGAUCAUCCGCGCGUGUUCCCAGUGAUCCCAGUCCUGUCCAGGAUGCUGCCAGCCUCCAUCCAGAUCACGGGGGAGCUGCUAUCGGCGGCAGAGGUUCAGGACAUAUGUGAGAGUCUGAAGGAGGACAGCGUCCGGCUGCUGUCCGUCCGCGGCUGCCAGCUGUCUGAUCGCGACUUCGGACGCGUCUGCCGCAGUGUUGCUGAGUCACGGUCACUUGCUCAGCUCAACCUCAACCUGGGCGUCGUCUCCAGCAUCAGCCGGACUCGAUACCUGGCCGACGCCCUGAAAACCAACCGAUCCCUGCAGACUCUGUUUCUCCAUGGCAGCCCGCUGUUAGACGCUGGCCUAGUGAUGUUGAACUCGGCUCUGUCGACCCACCCGGCGCUGGUGUGUCUGGACUUGGGAGACUGCAUGCUGGGAGAUGAGGCCCUGGGUCUGAUCUGCUCGAUGCUGCCACCGGACGGAGCGAAGUCGGGUCUGAGGGAGCUCACGCUGAGUGCUAACCCAGGAAUCAGCUCCAAAGGCUGGGCUCGGCUUGCCAUUGCUGUGGCUCACAGCUCCCAGCUCCGAGUGCUCAACCUGGACUACAACCCGCUGGGUGAUCAGAUUGCAGGGAUGCUGGCGGUGGCCGUUGCAUCCAGCAGAACCCUGGAGGUGCUGGACCUGGAAGGGACCGGACUCACCAACCAAUCAGCACAGGUGUUCUUGGACAUGGUGGAGAACUACCCAACCAGCCUGCGGGUUCUGGUCCUGUCGGAGAACGACAUCAGUCCAGAGCUGCAGCAGCAGAUCUGUGACCUGCUGUCUGAAGGAGAGGAUGAUGAUGAUAGAGAGGCCACGCCCCUCCAACCAGGCCCCGCCUCCAGAAAUGCCCUGCUGCCCAUCAGAGACAAGUACCAGCCAAUCAGAGACAAGUACCAGCCUCCCGCCUGGCUCCCCCACAGCAACUCCAGCCCCCAGAUGGUCUUGCUGACAUCAGGUCUAGGUGAGAGCCUAUUGGCUGAGACUGAAAUGUGACUCCUCUCACAAACACACCCACCUUCCCACUAUUUUCACUUUUUUUUGUUUGGUUUGAAUGUUCCUGGAUUGUUUCUUUGCCCUGCACUUCGCUGUCAGAUCACCUGAUAGGUCGCAGCCAAUCACAUGCUCUGCAUGGUUUGACGUAGCACCCGUAUAAAGACGAGAACAGAGUGAGUGGCGGCACAAAAUAACGCACCAAGUGGCUUCUGGACAGGUGUUUGUUCAGCAGGUGUACUGUGUGUCUCUGAUGAAUGUAUGUUCUGCUCACCUGGUUUGCUCUGCUGCUCUGAUGUCAGUAAUAAAACUGUUUACAACUUCACAGGAA